GAGAAACUCCUAAGUGGCAUUAAACACGUUGACUCGUAAGUAAAUCACAACGUAACAAUGUCAGGAGGAUACGACCCACUAGCUCUCAGAGAAGAUGACGUUACAAAGAUGUUGGCUGCAUCCACGCACAUUGGAGCAGAAAAUGUUAAUUUCCAGAUGGAACAGUACGUCUACAAACGUCGUGCAGGAGGCUGUAACAUCAUUAACCUGAGGCGCACCUGGGAGAAGCUUCUCCUUGCUGCUCGUGCUAUUGUGGCCAUUGAGCACCCAAGUGAAGUCUUUGUCAUCAGUUGCCGUCCCUUCGGACAGAGGGCUGUCCUUAAAUUUGCCUCUCACACCGGAGCAACCCCCAUUGCCGGACGUUUCACUCCUGGUGCUUUCACUAAUCAGAUCCAGGCUGCAUUCAGGGAACCAAGACUGCUCAUAGUCACAGAUCCAGCGACCGAUCACCAGCCCAUCACCGAGGCCAGCUACGUCAACAUCCCAGUCAUUGCCUUGUGCAACACAGACUCGCCCGUGCGUUUCAUUGACAUUGCCAUCCCAUGCAAUACCAAGAAUUCUCACAGCAUUGGUCUCAUGUGGUGGCUUCUCGCUCGCGAGGUCUUGCGCCUCCGUGGUUCCAUCCCUCGGGAUAAGUGGGACGUUGUUGUCGAUCUGUUCUUCUAUAGAGAUCCCGAAGAGGCCGAAAAAGAGGAGCAAAUGGCUAAGGAGCAAACGCCAGCUACCAAGGAGUUCGCACCGAUUGCCGAUGCUGGUCUGUCCGCUUCAGACUGGCCCGUUGAGGUUGUCGACCCCAACGCGCCACCCACCGAAGUUUGGGCCGAUGAUGUUCCCGUCGCUGCGGCUUCCGUUGCUCCUGUUGCAUCAGUUGCCGCUGCUGCUGCUCCAGCUCCCUUCACCGCUAGCACCGACUGGGCCGCUCCCGUUCAAGAUGAAUGGGCUGCAGCACCUGCGCCAGCAGAGACCAUGACGCAAGGCCAAAGCUGGGGUGGCGCCAGCAGUAACUGGUCGUAAAUCUUUGGGUUUCAUAUUGUUAACCCAAAAUGUUCUGACCAAGCUUUAUAUUCGAGAUCUUCAAUAAAGCUGACUUUUUAAUAA